GACGCCACACAGUAGGCAGUUGUGUUUGUAGGAAGGAGAGUUAAGUUUCUUGUGCAUCGUAAGGGAUAAGUUUUUUUUUUUGCUGGUAUUGGAACAAUCUGUGCUUAAGAGGAGUUGAAAGAAGCUUAAAGCGUAAGCAUGGAUACUGCGAUGGCGAAUUGUGAGAAGACCUUGCAGUUCUAUGAGUAUGAUGCACCAUCUGUUGUCAUAGAUUUCUCCACGCUGGAUGCUGAGCCUAAUCCAGUUGAUGACUGGUUUUACCAAGUGGAAAAAAGAAACUCUGAAGUGGAAGAAAGAAAUCCCGUGUUUGGAGGAAACAAGCAGGACUUGCCAACAGCAUACAUUUCCCCAAUUGUCAAAUCACAAAAACAGAAGGGUCCCAAUGAAGAUGAUGGUGGUGAUUCCUCUCAUGAUGCAAAUAGUUAUUCAAAUUUAGUGCCUUCUUGGGGAAAUGCGAGUACUGCAAGCAAUCCUACAGUUCAAACCAAAGGUUCCUCAUCCCAGUGCAGAAGGGUAUCAAAGAGAUUAUCUGCAAAACAGAAAAUUGAUCAGAGGAGGCAAAUGAGAAAAACUAUCCGAGAAGGUGUGCGAAGAAGUAACCGAAUUGCUAACAAUGAGAGCCUUCCCCCAGUGUCAAAGAAAAGAAGGUCUGCCAGUAAAGGAGAAUCUGAUUUGACCAGUUCAUUGUGUGCCCCAUUGGAUUCUCCUAAACAUCAAGUUAAAGUUACCCAGUCCACCACCCCAAAUGUACUCCGAAGAAACAAAUCCUCUUCUAAGGUGAAAAGCACCGAGGAGCAAGAACUAGAGAAAAUGCAAGAGCUCCAGAAGGAAGUAGCAGAGCUGCGGAAAAAAAAUGACGAAAGCUUAAAAGCCGCUUUAGCCGGAACAGGUGUUCCAAAUAAAAAGACAGUCAUUCCAAGCACAGUGCCAGUAAACUUUCAUUUUUAUACUGACGAUCGAAUCAAGCAAAAUGAAGCUCCAACGGAAACGACAUACAAACAAGUAGACUUCACAGCAGAGCUUCGCAAACAUCCUCCUUCACCUGCACGAGUAGGAAAGGGCUGCACUAUUCCAAAACCUUUUAAUCUUUCCUGCUCAAGUAAGAGGAAGCUAGAGGAAAAUGAAUUUGUGCCGAUGGCUCAACAGAUCGAAGCCUUCCAGAAACGAACACCAAUGCGAUUCCAUGGGAGGAGUAAACAAAAAAAUGACGAAGGGCCAUCGCCUGUAAAGACAACAAAAUUAAAGAUGACUGACCCAAAAACGCCUAAGCUGCUUGCAAAAAGGCGUAAUCGUCCAGUCACUUGCAAAAGUACUGCGGAGGUGGAGGCUGAGGAGCUGGAAAAAAUUAAACAGUUUAAAUUUAAAGCACUUGACCUCAAUCGGAAAAUCCUAGAAGGUGGAUUACUGCCGAAGAAGCCUGCAGCAAAAGCAAUAACACAACCUGUGGGUUUUGACUUGGAAAUUGAAAAACGCCUCCGGGACAGAGAGACUAAAAAGAUUACCACGGAAGAGGAGGAUUAUACUUUCCAUCCAAGGCCACUUCCUAUAAAAAUCUUGGAAGAUGUUGUGGGUGUACCUGAAAAGAAGCAAUUGCCUCCAACUGUACCACAAUCUCCUGCAUUUGCGCUGAAAAACCGUAAACGUAUAGAACCGAAAGUAGAAGAAGAAAAGCCAGUACCAAUAAAAGCGAAUCCAGUGCCACAUUUUGGAGUUCCUUUCAAACCCAAGCCCUUAGAAAAUAAACAAGUGGAAGUGUGCCCAUUCUCUUUUGAAUCUAGAGAGAAGGAAAAGCAAGCCCUAAAAGAGAAGCGCAUGGAAGAGCUCCGUAAGGAAGAGGUUUCCAAGUUCAAAGCUCUCCCACUUCCUGACUUUGAUCAUGUUCAUCUUCCUGAAAAGAAAGUGAAAGAGGUUACACAACCAGAGCCAUUCAAGCUGCUCAUCGAUGAAAGAGGUGCUGUUAAGAAUGAACGAUGGGAACAAAUGUUAAAAGAUGAGCAAAAACAACAAGCAGAAGCCACAGUGUUCAAGGCUCGUCCCAAUACAGUCACUCACCAUGAGCCGUUUAUCCCAAAGAAGGAGAGCAGACUAUUAGAAGAGUCCAUUUCUAAUUCCGUAGCUUCCAAAGGCUUUGAGCUCUGUACUGAAAAGCGUUCAAAAGAGCGAAUAGAGUUUGAGAGGGCUUUGGCGGAAAAGGAGGCCAUUUGCGCCAGAAUGGAAGAAGAACGGAGACGGGAGCAAGAAGAGCGAGAGAAGGAAGAGAUUGCAAGGCUCCGCCAAGAGCAGGUACACAAAGCUCAGCCAAUUCGGAAAUUUAAGAAGGUUGAAGUGAAGCACAGCACCCAAGCCUUAACAGUUCCUGUUUCACCCAAGUUUUCUGAUAGGUUCCGUUUGUAAAUUUAUUAUUUUUGUGCCACUUUUAGAAAGAUCUUUUUAUUCAAUUUUUUUGGCAGGA